AUGCAGAGUGCUGUUUCUGGUGUUCCUCCUCCUUCUGAGACGAAGGAUGAGCAGAAACGUUUCGAACUAAAACGCUGGAAUGCUGUGGCUCUCUGGUCCUGGGAUAUUCAAGUAGAAACGUGUGCUAUAUGUCGUAAUCACGUCAUGGAUCUUUGCAUAGAGUGUCAAGCAAAUCAAACUGGAUCACCGACAGAUUGCAACGUCGCCUGGGGGGCUUGUAAUCAUGCUUUUCAUACACAUUGCAUAUCCCGUUGGUUGAAAACCAGGAAUGUAUGCCCACUGGAUAACAAAGAGUGGUCAUACCAAAAGCUGGGAGUUUAA